AUGGCUAAUCUUCAAGAUAUUGCAACAUCAGCUUACAUCAAUCUCAUAUCCGUAUUGGCAUUUCUUAUGGGCUUUGCAUUUUUACGGCUCCAACCAGCUAACGAUAGAGUUUACUUUGCAAAAUGGUAUAAAGAGGGAAAAAGAUCAAGCCCCAAAAGCUCAGGGACUUCAUGGAGGAAAUUCAUCAAUCUAAAUUUCAGAACUUAUUUAAUGUUUUGGAAUUGGAUGCCUGAAGCUUUGAGAAUGCCAGAACAUGAGCUGAUAGACCAUGCAGGGCUUGAUUCUGUCGCAUAUAUGAGAAUUUACCUUCUCGGAUUGAAAGUCUUUGUCCCUAUAUCAAUACUUGCUUUUGCAGUAUUGGUCCCUGUGAACAUGACCAGUGAAACAUUAGACAGCAUAUCCGAUUUGACUUACAGUGAUAUUGACAAGCUUUCAAUAUCGAAUAUUCCUUCAGGAUCCUUAAGGUGGGUACUGGGUUCUCUUUGGUCCUCUUACUGUGAUGCUUUCCAAAGGUUAUUAGCGCACAUAAUAAUGGCAUAUGUGGUCACAUUUUGGACAUGCUAUGUCCUACACAAAGAAUACAAGUUCAUAGCUACCAAGAGGUUGCAAUACAUAGCUGCUGCAAAGCGUCGGCCUGACCAAUUCACUGUCCUUGUGCGAAAUAUUCCACCGGAUGAGGAUGAAUCAGUCAGCGAACUCGUGGAGCAUUUCUUUUGUGUAAAUCAUUCUGAUCAUUAUCUCACACAUCAGGUCGUAUAUAAUGGGAACAGACUUGCGAAAUUGGUGUCAAAGAAGAAGAGAUUGAGGAAUUGGCUCACUUACUAUGAGACACUGUUGGAGAGAAACCCUAUGAAGAGACCAAGAAUAAAGACAGGGUUUUGGGGCCUUUUUGGGAAGUGUGUGGAUGCCGUUGACUACUAUAAAGCAAAACUAGAGCAUAUAGUUGAAGAAGAAUAUUCAGAAAAGGAUAAAAUCAUGAAGGACCCGAAUGCCAUAGUCCCAGCAGCAUUUGUUUCCUUCAGGUCUCGUUGGGGGGCUGCUGUAUGUGCUCAAACACAACAAUCAGAUGACCCAACUCUGUGGCUUACAGAAUGGGCUCCCGAACCGCGUGACGUUUACUGGGACCAUCUCUCGAUACCAUAUGUUCGACUCUCGGCCAAUAGACUGAUAAUAACAGUCUCCAUGUUCUUCCUCACAUUCUUCUUCAUGAUCCCUAUUGCAUUUGUGCAAUCGCUCGCGAGCAUUGAUGGCAUGCAAAAAGUUUUUGUGUUCUUGAGACCACUAUUUAGAAAGAAGCGUGUCAAGGCUGUUGUUCAAGGUUAUCUUCCUGGAAUUGCACUAAAGAUAUUUACGGCUGCUCUUCCAACAAUUCUCAUGAUAAUGUCCAAAAUAGAAGGUCAUUCAUCUCAUUCAGCAAUGGACAGAAGAACAGCUGGAAAGUUCCAUUUUUUUAUACUCGUCAAUAUCUUUUUCGGAAGUAUCAUCACAGGGGCUGCAUUUCAGCAGCUUGAUAAGUUUCUUCAUCAGCCCCCAUCAGAGAUACCGAAAACUGUGGGUGUUGCCAUACCAAUGAAGGCCACUUUUUUUAUCACCUACAUCAUGGUUGAUGGUUGGACAGGUGUUGCUUCAGAGGUCAUUAGACUCGUCCCACUAAUCAAAUUCCACAUUAAAAACACAUUUUUUGUUAGGACGGAUUGGGACAAGGAACUAGCAAUGGAACCCGGAGCUUUAGAUUUUACCACGGGAGAACCUCAAAUACAGCUAUACUUCUUGCUUGGGCUCGUUUAUUCAGUAGUCACUCCUUUAAUCUUGCCUUUCAUCGUUGUCUUCUUCGCCUUUUCCUAUGUGAUCUAUCGCCAUCAGAUCAUCAACGUAUAUAAUCAGAAAUACGAGAGUGGGGCCCGGUUUUGGCCUGAUGUGCAUCGUCGUUUAAUUAUAGGUCUAGUGUUGUCACAACUACUGCUGAUGGGGCUACUGGGCACAAUGAAUGCUGCCAAAUCAACUCCUCUGUUACUUAUACUCACUGUCUUGACCAUAUGGUUUCAUCAAUAUUGCAAGGGCCGAUUUGAGCCAGCAUUCAUGAAGUUCCCUCUUCGGGAAGCAACGAGGAAAGACACAAUCGAAAGGACUAAUGAGCCGAAAUUAGACCUAAAAGCUUACCUUCAGAAUGCGUACGUUCAUCCUGCUAUGAAAGAUAUGGAGAUGGACCAACCGAAAGUCGUGGAUGAUGAGGAGAUUAAUCCACUUGUGUCGACAAAGAGAGGUUCGGAUAGGAUUAGUGUGUCUAGUUCGGGUAGUUUCACGAACGAAGUUAUUGAGGAAAUGAUUUCAUACUUGACUCCUAAUCAUUUUCAGGCCUAAUGCAAAAUAGAAUGUCAGUGAAAUAUUAUAUGGUAUUAUUAGGAGUUUGGAACCUAGGAAUUAUCAGUAUAGGGAUGCUAUUGAUGGUUGUAUUAGUGUACUCCAAAGGUGCAGGAGGAUUCAGGUGAAGUGAUAUCCAGUGUUCUAUAGUUUAUUACAUCAGCUCAAAGUUGAUUUUUUUUUUUUUUUAA